CACUCUAUAUAGCUUCCAUCCAUGGUGUCCAUAACUCCUCCAAAGCUUCAGUCCAUGAAGUUUCUAACCUUUUGGUUGUUUUUUUCAAUGUACUUUUGUACACUCAUAAAUAAGUCUCCUGUUGUUGUUUCUUCCAUGACACUUUCAUCUGCUUCAUCCACAUUACAAAUCAGAGAAGCAAGUACUUUGUUGAAGUGGAAAUCAAGUCUUGACAAACAAAGCCAAGCUUUGCUGUCUUCAUGGAGUGGUAAUAACUCAUGCAACUGGCGGGGAAUUACAUGUACUAAAGAUUCCAUGCAUGUCUCUCAUGUAAACCUCGUAAACAUGAGUUUGAAAGGUACGCUUGAAAGUCUUAACUUCUCAUCACUUCCAAAUAUUAUCACUCUUGAUCUUAGCGCCAACUUGUUGAAUGGAAGUAUUCCUCCUCAUAUUGAGAGGUUGUCUAAACUUUCCUAUCUUGAUCUUAGUGACAAUAAACUUUCAGGAAAAAUUCCAUAUGAAAUAACACAGUUGACUAGUCUUCAUAAUUUAUAUAUGGGUGGAAAUGUUUUCAAUAGUUCCAUUCCUGAAAAUAUAGGUGAAUUGAGGAAUCUAAGAGAAUUUGACAUCACUAAUGCAAAUCUCUUAGGCCCUAUCCCAAUCUCACUAGGGAACUUGUCCUUUUUGUCACACUUGUAUCUAAAUGGAAACAAUCUUUCUGGAAAAAUUCCAACUACAAUUGGAAAAUUAAUAAAGAUAAAAGUUCUAUUUCUUUAUGGCAAUAAUCUUUCAGGGUCUAUUCCUCGAGAAAUUGGGGACUUACUAAACCUAGAAUAUUUAAACCUUCAUAACAACAAUCUGUUCGGAUCUAUUCCUCAAGAAAUUGGGAAGUUAGUGAACCUACAAAUUUUAUAUCUUCAUGUCAAUAAUUUAUCUGGAUCUAUUCCUCGAGAAAUUGGAGAAUUAAUACAGAUAAAACAUUUGUUUCUUUUUAGCAAUAAUCUCUCUGGGUCUAUUCCUCGAGAAAUCGGGGAAUUACUGAACCUAGAAUAUCUAAACCUUCAUGAUAACAAUUUUUUCGGAUCAAUUCCUCAAGAAAUUGGGAAGUUAGUGAACCUACAAAUUUUAUAUCUUCAUGUCAAUAGUUUAUCUGGAUCUAUUCCUCGAGAAAUUGGAGAAUUAAUACAGAUAAAACAUUUGUUUCUUUUUAGCAAUAAUCUCUCUGGGUCUAUUCCUCGAGAAAUCGGGGAAUUACUGAACCUAGAAUAUCUAAACCUUCAUGAUAACAAUUUUUUCGGAUCAAUUCCUCAAGAAAUUGGGAAGUUAGUGAACCUACAAAUUUUAUAUCUUCAUGUCAAUAGUUUAUCUGGAUCUAUUCCUCGAGAAAUUGGAGAAUUAAUACAGAUAAAACAUUUGUUUCUUUUUAGCAAUAAUCUCUCUGGGUCUAUUCCUCGAGAAAUCGGGGAAUUACUGAACCUAGAAUAUCUAAACCUUCAUGAUAACAAUUUUUUCGGAUCAAUUCCUCAAGAAAUUGGGAAGUUAGUGAACCUACAAAUUUUAUAUCUUCAUGUCAAUAGUUUAUCUGGAUCUAUUCCUCGAGAACUUCGGAAUUUAGUGAACAUAAAGAGUCUAUUUCUUAAAGAUAAUAUUCUUUCUGGAUCUAUUCCUAGCGAAAUUGGAAUGAUGAGAUCUAUGAUACAACUUGAUCUGUCAAAUAAUUCUCUCUCUGGUAAAAUCCCACCUACAAUUGGAAACUUGAGUCAUUUACAAGAUAUUUUCUUUCAAAAUAACCAUCUAAGUGGUACAAUUCCAACGGAAUUGAAUAUGCUUUUGAAUUUGGUAAGAUUGUUUGUAUUUGACAACAAUUUCAUUGGUCAGUUGCCUCAUAACAUUUGCUUUGGUGGAAAACUGAAGUCAAUUGAUGUUACUAAUAACCGUUUUAGUGGGCAAGUUUUGAAGAGUUUGAAGAAUUGUUCUAGCCUUUUUAGACUUUGGCUUCAACAUAACCAUUUUGAUGGAAACAUAACUGAUGAUUUUGGUGUAUACCCAAAUUUGAAGCUCUUGGGAUUGGAUGACAAUAAUUUUUAUGGCCAUCUUUCAUCCAACUGGGGUAAGUUACAUAAUUUGACAAAUCUUAACAUCUCCAAAAAUAAUUUAUCAGGUUCUAUACCACCUGAGCUCGGUGAAGCUUCCAACUUGUAUUCAAUUGACUUAUCUUCAAACCAUCUCACGGGAGAAAUUCCAAAGGAGUUAGGAAAAUUGACCAUGUUGGGCAGACUCAUUUUAAACAACAAUCAUCUUUCUGGUAAUGUUCAUGUAAACAUAGCAUCGCUAAAGGAACUUGAAAUCUUAGAUGUUGCAGCAAAUAAUCUAAGCGGUUUCAUCCCAAAAAAACUUGUCACUUCCUCUAGAUUAUUUAACUUAAAUUUGAGCCAUAACAAAUUUAGAGGAAAUAUUCCUGGUGAGUUUGGUGAAUUUAAAGCCCUUGAAAGUCUGGAUCUGAGUGGAAAUAUUUUGGAUGGAACCAUACCACAAAUGCUUGGGAAAUUGACACACUUGGAAACAUUGAAUAUUUCGCAUAACAAUCUUUCUGGAUUUAUCCCUUCUUCCUUUGAUCAGAUGACUAGUUUGUCAUUUGUUGAUAUAUCAUACAACCAAUUGAAAGGCCCACUUCCAGAUAUGCGAGUAUUCAAUAAUGCAACCAUUGAAGUGUUGAGGAAUAAUACAGACUUGUGCGGUAAAGUUUUUGGCUUGAAUCCUUGCAUAAAACCAAGCCAUGGAUCUCAUAAUAAUAAGACUAAGAAUUUGAUCUUGUUGAUGGUUUUACCUCUUGCACCUGGAACUCUAAUGCUAGCAUUUGUUUGUUUCAAACUCUUAAAGCAUUUAUGCGGAACACGAACCCUGAGAGAAAACCAGGAUGGCAGAACUUGUGUUGCUCCGAAUAAUGUAUUCACAAUAUGGAGUUUUGAUGGGAAAAUGGUGUAUGAGAACAUUAUUGAAGCAACAGAAGAGUUUGAUGACAAAUAUCUCAUUGGUGUAGGAACGCAUGGAACUGUCUACAGAGCUGAGUUACACACAGGCCAAAUAGUUGCUAUUAAAAAAAUCCAUUUAGCAACAAAUGGAGAAAAUUCUGAUAUAAGAUGUUUCACAAAUGAGAUUCAAGCUCUGACUGAAAUUCGUCAUCGUAACAUUGUGAAGCUAUAUGGAUUUUGUUCACAUUCACACGUAUCGUUUUUGGUUUAUGACUUUGUGGAGAAAGGCAGUCUAGAUAAGAUUUUGAAAAACGACGAACAAGCAACUGAAUUUGGUUGGAAUAAUAGGGUGAAUGUAAUUAAAGAUGUAGCAAAUGCUUUAUACUACAUGCACCAUGAUUGUUUCCCUCCUAUUGUUCAUCGAGAUAUAUCAAGCAAGAAUAUUCUUCUGGAUUUAGAAUAUGUGGCUCGUGUCUCGGACUUUGGAACAGCUAAGCUUCUUAAUCUUGAUUCAGACAAUUGGACCUCAUUUGCAGGAACACUUGGAUAUUCUGCUCCAGAACUUGCAUACACAAUGGAAGUGAAUGAGAAAUGUGAUGUAUAUAGUUUUGGAGUAUUAGCAUUGGAAAUACUUUAUGGGAAACACCCUGGAGACAUCAUAUCUAAUAACAUAGCUGGAUCAAAACUUGAUACUAUGUUAUUGAUGGAUAUGUUGGACCAACGUCUUCCUCGUCCAAUGAAUGCUAAAGCUAAGCAGCUGUUAUCCAUUACAAAGACAAUAAUUUCUUGCUUGGAUGAAAGUCCACGAUCUCGUCCAACCAUGGAGCAGGUUUCAAUGGAGAUUUCAAUAUCAUAAUAAUCUUCUUAAAUAGGUGAAUGUUUCUUUUUCUUCUUAGUUUCUGUAAUUUUGUAAACCUUGCUUGUAUUUUUAUUUUUUUUGUAUUAAAUGUCAUUUAAGUUUGUUGUUUCUAAACUUGGUUGCCCUAUCACUUUGAAUAUUAUUCGAAUGUUGUUAUGAUUAUAUUUGAAGAAACAUUUAUUGCAAAA